AUGAGUUGGUUGUAUGCUUCAUUGUCAGAUGGGAUGCUUAAUCAGAUUAUUCACUUUCAAACAGCCUCUGCAAUCUGGGCCUCUCUUGAACAGAUUUAUAUUGCUGCUUCCUUUGCAUGGGUCUCUGAAGUCCGAACCACUUUGCAAAAUAUCAAGAAGGAGGGACUUACUACCUUUGCUUAUUUACAGAAGCUUACCUCUUUGUGCAACACUCUUGCGUCUCUUGAUAACCCAGUUUCUCCUCAGGACCACUUGAUUUAUCUCCUCAAUGGACUGGGUUCUGACUACAACGCUUUUGUAACUUCAAUCCAAGCAAGGUCUAUGAAACCCUCUAUUGAAGAAGUUCAUUCCCUGUUGCUCAGUCAUGACGCUCGUCUAGAUCGACAAAAUGCUGAUGCAAACCUCAGCUCCCUUCAUGUCAAUUUUUCAAAUCUUCAGCUUCCCAAAUCCAUGCCAAGAAUUAUCACCCCAACCUCUUCUGCCCCUCCCUAUCCGACUCGUGUCCCUCAUCGACCCCCUUUUCCCAAACACUAUCCCUCACCAUGCCCUACUUCCUCCUAG